AUGCUUAAAUAUACGACAAUCAGUGAGCAAGAGCAUGAGCUUCAAAGCUCUCUAAUGGCGGAAGCUUCGAGAAGAAGAAAUGAGGAAUGUUUGGGAGAGACAUUCUGCAGUUAUAUAAGCAUUAAUAACAGCUCCAACUUUGAAGUUAGAGAUGUUACCAUCAAGGCAGAAAUCCAAACAGAGAGGCAGAGGAUACUUCUUUUAGAUACUUCUAAAUCACCUGUGGAAUCAAUACGUGCUGGAGGGAGAUAUGACUUCAUUGUGGAACAUGAUGUGAAAGAACUUGGUGCACACACGUUGGUAUGCACUGCUCUUUAUAGCGACAAUGAUGGUGAGCGUAAAUAUCUUCCACAAUAUUUCAAAUUUAUGGUCGCGAACCCACUUUCUGUUAGAACAAAGGUUCGUGUUGUUAAGGAAACUACCUUUUUGGAGGCUAGCAUAGAGAAUCAUACAAAAUCUAAUCUCUAUAUGGACCAAGUUGAUUUUGAGCCAGCUCAGCAUUGGAGUGCUACAGUACUAAGAGGCGUUGAUCAUCAACCAGAGAGCAAACAGCCAAUGAGUGAUGUGUUUAAGCCCCCUGUUCUCUUAAGAUCUGGAGGCGGGGUCCAUAAUUUCCUCUACCAAUUGAAAUUAUCAUCCGAUGGCUCUUCAUUGCCGAAGGUGGAGGGAAGUAAUGUCUUGGGCAAACUCCAGAUUACUUGGCGCACAAAUUUGGGAGAACCUGGACGCCUUCAGACACAACAAAUUCUUGGAAGUCCUAUUGCUCAUAAAGACAUUGAGCUAAGAGCAGUGGAAGUGCCAUCCAUUAUCAUUCUGGAGAAACCUUUCGUAGUACGGUUGAAUCUCGCAAACCAGACAGACAGGUUGCUGGGCCCUUUUGAAGUUUGGGUGUCACAAAGUGAAUCACUCGAUGAGAAGGCUGUUAUGGUUAAUGGUCUUCUAACAACGCAUUUGGCGCAGGUGGAAGCAUUUAGCUCUUCAGAAUUCCAGUUGAACCUGAUUGCUGUGAAGCAUGGGGUACAGAAAAUCACAGGCAUUACAGUGUUUGACACGCGUGAGAAGAAAACAUAUGAUUCUUUGCUGGAGUUGGAGGUAUUUGUCGAUUCACAGUAGGUACUUGAGCCAGAUGUGGUUGCAAAAUAAUAGGAAGACCGAUUUGAUUGAGGUUGGAGUUUCUGUUGGUUGAGAGGUUUUACAACUCGGAACGUCAAAGUAGAGAUCUAACCAGUUCAUUGUUAAAGGAAUUCUCGUCGUGCCAAACAGAUGACAAGGAUACUUGACUGUUGAAUGGCCCCAAUGGAUCUUAGCAUUCAUCCAGAAGAUCUUAAAAUGAUGUAAUAUGUGUUUUUCUCGAUCAAUCGGCAGUGUACACUAGCUAGGCACAUGUUAUUUUCUUAGUAUAUAGUUUUGUGCCUGUCGUACUCUACCAAUGUGCUACAAUUUAUGAUGAAGAUCAUUUUUCUUUGGUCUUGCUUGUGUUCA